AAUUUAAUGGCGAAUAGAUGGCGGACGGGUUUGGUGCUAGUGUUUGACUGAAAAAAGGAAGUGAACGAGUUUUACUCAUUUAUUUGUAUAAAACAUGAAUUUAAAAUAUCUUUUUCCAACAUGUUAAUUUGAUGUCCUUCAAGAAAAACUUUUACGUGAAGGUCUAGAGAAGUAAUAGUGCCAUAGCAACAAUCAUCAUACUUUUGCCCAUUUCCUUUGUGAUCUAGAUACCUCUUUUUUUGGAGUGCAAUUCAAGUUUUGCCGUAUUGUGACUGACAGUGUACAUUUAAAUUCUGUGUAAAAUAGUGUUAAAUUGUUGUAUAAAAUGUUUUGAGUAAGAAUUAGUUGGUAAUUUUCUUUGUAACCUCGAAUGCGGAAGUUUGGUGAUAUAGCCGCUACGAUGGUCGAAUAUACUCGGCAAGUGUGCUAAAGGCUAUUGAGUUUGUGUUAGUUUUUGAUGUUUUAAGUGAAAAUCUCAUGAUGCAUGAACUUUGAGUAAUAGUGAUGAAAUAAUGGUUGAAAUAGGAGCCCCUCAAAAGUCAGCCGAAGAGAGUUUGGAGAAUGCCGAAUGGUAUUGGGGUGAUAUCACUCGAGAUGAAGCCACAGAGAAACUCAGAGACACCUGUGAUGGCACCUUCCUGGUGCGCAACGCAUCUAACAAAGAUAGUGGUUAUACUCUGACAGUGAGGAAAGGGGGCAUGAACAAACUUAUCAAAAUCUAUAAUCAUGAGGGGCGCUAUGGAUUUUGUGAACCAUUUGAUUUCAAAUCUGUGGUUGAGCUUGUUCGCUUCUAUAGAGAGUUCUCACUGGCACAUUGCAAUAGUAGUCUUGACAUCAAGCUUAUGUACCCAUUGUCUAGACUCGUUGAAAAUGAAGGUGAAGAAAAUAUGAGUGAUGACACCCUCGAAACUAAGUUUAAGGAAAUUCACAAAAGAUAUGUAUUAAAAACAAAAGACUUUGAGGGUCGCUCUUACAAAUAUACAAUAUUAAGGGAAGAAGUAAAUAGAAAGAAGCAAGCACUAGACGCCUUUAAAGAAACAGUUCGAAUUUGUGAAGAACAUUUAAAGUUACAAGAAAAGAUGCAAGCUGAAGCACAACCACAUGAAAAAAAUACUGUAUUAGAAAAUAAUAGGAAUUUAAUAUCUAGAGUCCAUAGCUUAAGGAAAGCUAAAACAGAAUUGAAUGAAAUUUUGAAAGAUACAGUUACAGCUCAAUUACUUCUUGAGAGAGAAAUUGCCAAACUGAAGUCUGAUGUUACAGAUCUUUACAAAAGGAAAGAUAGAUAUAAAGUAUGGCUACAAGGAAGAGGAAAAACAGAUGAAUACUUGCAUUUAUUAGAGGAUGACAAUAUACACAAACUUGAAGAACUUUAUGCUCAUAGAGAAAUGAGUAGUUGGAAAGUUAAUUGUACUAGAGAAGAAGCAGAAAAACUACUUAUGGGCAAACCUCAAGGCACAUUCUUAAUUCGGCCUAAUUCCACUGGUCAAUUAGCUUUAUCUAUUUGUUGUAACAACAUGGUCUACCACUGUAUUAUCUUUAAGACUGAAAGAGGUUAUGGAUUUGCAGAACCUUAUAAUGUAUAUGAAACAUUAAAUGAGCUUGUCCUCCAUUAUGCUGUGAACUCUUUAGAAGAACACAAUGAACAAUUGAAAACAGAACUGAAAUACCCGGUAAAUGCACAUGCUGUGAAGAAACCUGAAAAGAAGCAGUAAAGUGGCAAUGCUGAAAACAUUGUGGUAACCAGUUUGUCUACUUGUAGACAUCGAUCGUAAUAACGACGUUUGACACCUAUUACUUAUGGAAUCAGAAGUCGAAAUUAUCUUCCUGUGACCUUGAAGUAAUCAAUGAUAAAUUAUAAAUAUUAAACAGCAUCGAAAACUUAUCACCUAAAGAUGAUUACGAUGUCAAUAUCAACAGUAUGAAAAUUGCAGAUUGCAAAUAUCUGUCUAUUUCUUGAUUGUUUCUACAAAUGUUUCGUGAGGGAACAUAACAAUACGACAAGAAAGUAUUCAUGUACAGGAAUGUAAUGUAAGUUGAUAUUUCUGUGUUUUAUAGCUUUAUAGUGUCGUUAUAAUAUGAUCAAAUAUUAUUGUACAAAUAAAAUGCUUUGGUACCCAUGUACAUGGUACAUACCAUAUUAUUUUAGACUUGUGCACAAUUAUCCUUAUAACAUGAUUUGAAAAGUUCUUUACUUAUCAUUGAUUUGGUUUUAUUUUUAUUGUGAUAAUAUUGUGAUAAAACCAUGAUCAGUUUAGAAAUCCCAGUUAUUUUAAUGAACAUUGAAAAUGAUUCUCAGGAGCUUUUAAGAGUUUUGAGUUAUACUCUGUACACAUAUUUUUAUAUUUGUUAUUUUACAAAGAUUAGAAAAGUGUUCUUCCCUUAUUAAAAUUGAUGUUGUUAAAUUGAUUGGGGCCUUUAUGGAUCAGCAGCAAUCGAGGAAGGAUUUUAAUUACAGCUAAUUCGAAAUUGGAGACUGUUGAGAACAAAUUACUUUGAAGUCUUAUGUAAGCUCUCAAUUCAAAUUGAUAUUGAGUCUGCAUCCAUUUGAAACCUAGCUUAACCGAAAAAGUAUAUAGAUUAAAACUGCAGUGGUAUACAAUUUAUUGGCCUAAAGUUUGUUUUUUCAAAUUCAUAUCUUAAUUAUACCAGAUGCAGACUUAAUACAUGGAAGUUCUCAUAGAGAUGUAUAUUAUGUAUGUGAUAGUAAUGUAUAGUAUUUUAGAGUUUUCGUAUUUGUGUAUAUUAUGUGAUUAAUUUUUGUUACAUUGUUUUUAAUGGGUUAUUGUGAGGUAUAAGAGUCAAAAUAUUCUAAACAAAUCAUUGAAAUAUAUGAAUGCAUUUAUUUCAGUGAUUUAAAGAAUUCCAUUUCAAAGAGUGGGGUUCUUGUGCAGUAAUUAAUUUCUUGUUAUUUUAAUCUGCAAAGUAUAUUGUCUUGUUUGCCUUUACAACAAGAAUUGUAUUUGUGAUGUGGGUUUGUUAUUGUAAUGUAAUUAUUUUCUAAAUCACAGUAAAGUAUUAAUUGGCAGAUGUUAAUAUGCUAGGUACCUGUUUCUAUAAUGGAGUGGAAUCCCAAUACUGCUUGUCCUAUGAUAAUGUUUACAAAAAUACCUAAUUAAACAUCAUUGCAUUGAACUGUCAUAAGAUGAUUAUUUUCUUUAAUUAAAAACUAAUAUUCAUUUAGAUCUGAUACCAGUCUAUAAAUAUUAUUGUCUAAGUACCACUAAAUGCAUUUUGUAGAUACAGGUACCUAAGUUUAUUAAGUGUGUAUGAGAGUUAAAUUAUAUUUACUUGUUGCAAAUCAAAACAUCAUGUGAAAUUAAAUAAUAAAUAUGUACAUUAUAUAUGUAUCUGUUGAUUUGAGGUCUGUAAACAACAUGAGAAAUAUGAUUUGCCACAGUGGAUGUCUUUUAUGAUUUCAGUGCGUUUAAGUACUGAUUUAUUACUUGGAAAUGUGUUAAUUCCUGUAUAUUAGUGUGCGAGUCUCGUCAAUUAAUGAUUUCUGUUUAUUUUCUUUAUGUAAAAAGAGAUGAUAUAUGUAAUUGCUAGUACAUAGAUCUUAAGUAGGACUAACCAAUUCGUAAAAGUUAUAUUUAUAUUAUGUAAAAAGUUCCCACAAAACUUUGUAAUUCAUCUGAAAUUAAUGAGGCAAAGAUAAUAUUUUAAAAUCCUUCUAAUUGCCAAAUGGCUUGGGCAUUCAAAUGAAAUACUGAUAUAAUUGGAUGUGGAAUAUAUGAUGUAACAUAUUAUUGAUGUUCUCUCAGCCUACUAAUUGUUUGAAAUUUUGAUCAACCUACUUAUCAUUGGCAUGUAUGUAAUUAUGUAAAUAGCACAUACAAUGGUUUUAAAAAUCCACCUCAGCACGUCCAAAAUAUUUACGACUGUGAUAGUCAUAUUUAUUCCGAAAUCUAUCUACCUAUUACAAAUACCUAACUUGUGGUUUGGAAUCCACAAAAUUCCAUAUAUUAUUGUCUAUGCCGAAUACGAGUCUUUGGAGCAGUGCUGUGAAGUACAAUGAAAAUGAUCUAUUCACAGUUUACUAACAACGAUCUUGAAAAAAUAUAUAUAGGUAUUUAUGAAUUUUCUCAACAGUGGCCAUAAAGACCGUCGGUUAAAUUGACAACUCCAUCGAAGUAAUACCAUAACUUAUUUUAAUACCUCGUAACGUUUUCAUCUGAACUUGGUUCUGUUCACCAAUUUGAAGUAGGUAUUCCUUUAAAAAAGUUAAUGAAAGGUCAUGGAACAUAAUAACAUUGUUCGAUAUUUUAACACCAGUUUUCAAUAAUAAUAAAGAACACUUCGUUAUCAAGAUUUCUUAUUGGAAUGCAAUAUUAUACACAAAUAAAAGUCACACUGAUAACAGCAUACGACCCAGAUUCGUCCCUAAAAUCGUGUAUCGAAACUGUUUUUACAAAAAUAUAAUAUAAUUUAGAUUAUACAUAAUAUAUACUUACCUAUUUACUUAUAAGUUUAAAGAUUAUAUAAGUGAGAUUAUUGAUCGCGUUAUUUUUGUAUUCAAGUCAAUAAUACAAUUAUCAUUAUAAUGCAAAAUAUUCUGAUUUGCAAUUUUAUAAAACUAAAUAUCAUUAUAUUAUGAUCUCAAGAGUGAAUUAUCACAUAAGGUAAUUCAGAUGUUUGUUUGAUAGUUUUCUAUGAACCAUAAUAUUAAUUCAAGUCAAUAGCAACCAAAUUGGAAAACUUGCAUAAAUUAGUUAACAUUGAAGGCGCCAUUUUAUAAGUGUAAUAGUAGAACGUUUUAAUAAGUGUUAAUAAACAAACUAUCAAUGACGUCUGCUUUUAUUUUAUUUAC